GCCGUGAACAUGACCAUCAACACGCUCAGUCAGGAUGGAGUGCAACGACAGCAAAUGCACUGCCUGACCAAGAUGGAACGCAUUAUAGUCUCCAUGCAGGACCCUGACAUGGGCAUCAAGCUGCGGAACCAGCGUCUCCUUAUUACAGUCAUACCACAUGCAAUGACUGGCACUGACAUUAUUGAAUGGCUGAUUAAGAAGUAUUCAAUCUCUGAUGAAGAGGCAUUGUACAUUGGACAAACCCUUGUGAAGUAUGGUUACAUCUACCCUUUAAAAGAGCCCAGAAAUCUUAUUCUGAAAUCUGAUGAUUCACCGUAUCGAUUUCAGACACCAUAUUACUGGACAUCAACACGCUGGCCUGCUUCAGAGCUCGACUAUGCAAUCUACUUGGCCAAGAAAAACAUCCGUAAACAAGGAGAACUGAUUGACUAUGAAAAGGAGUGCUAUACUGCUUUACAUAAACGAAUCAACCACACCUGGGACUUUGUUGUAAUGCAGGCAAAAGAGCAGCUCAGGGCAUCAAAACAGCGUCGGAAAGCCGAUCGUAUAGUGUUGGAGUGUCAAGAACAAGCAUACUGGCUAGUGAACAGACCUCCUCCGGGAGCACUGGACAUUCUAGAUCACGGACCAGAGAGACGGACCAUGAACACAAGAGUACAACUGAAUGCAGAAUUCUACAAAAAAGAGAUUGAACACAACAGGAGAAGCCUGGGGAGAAAUCGUGUCAAGUCCUCAAUUUGCCUCGAGAGUUUCGUAAAGUACUGUGAGCAGUACCAGCCACACGACCCCAUAAUGCAAGGAUGCCUUCCUAGCAACCCUUGGAUCACAGAUGAUGUCUUGUUUUGGAACAUGAAUUCUGACAUGGUUGGUGUGCCGACUAAACUUCGCGUGGAGUGUUGGAGCUUUAGUUUUAUGGAGCUGCUGAACGAUCCGUUGGGUAGAAAAGAGCUCCUGAUUUAUCUGGAGAAAGAAUUCAGCGCGGAGAACUUGUGUUUCUGGCAGGCCUGUGAGGACGUACGUCAUGGCGAGACCUCAAAAAUCCUUGAUAAAGUGGAAGAGGUUUACAAGCAGUUUCUGGCCCCUGGUGCAAGUCGCUGGGUGAAUAUUGACAGCAAGACGAUGGAAAAAACUCUGGAAGGACUCAAGCGUCCUCAUCGUUUCAUCCUGGAUGAUGCUCAAAUGCACAUUUACUUCCUCAUGAAAAAGGAUUCAUACCCACGCUAUCUCAAAUCAGAACUCUAUAAGAACUUACUAGCCCGAGCCAUAGUACCACAGGAAACCAAGAAAAGUGUGUUCCCGUUCAUGCGUCGUCAGCGACAUUCCAGUCCCUCCCCCACGCUCAUCACCCAGAACACAGAGGAUGAUGGGAAGGCCAAGAACUCAAACUCUAUCAGAAGCAAUUCUGGAACAGUAUCCCGACUUUAAACAUGCACAACAUUAUUUAGUUCUCAAAUAAAUGUGCUGUCUGUGGUUUUUUAAAUAUAUCAUGCUACCUUAUCUUACCUCACAGUUGCAAACAAAGACAUCUGCAUUGUUUCCUAUUGCACUUAAACUAAAGGUUAUUAAUUAAAGAGAAUGCUUGAUAUAUUCCUCUAUUCCUAUUUCUCUGUCACAUAGAAUUACAGCUUUUCAUGCAUAUAAUAGAUACAAGCUAUAGCAAUAAUGCCUUCAGGCACAAUAAUCAUAAUCAAAGUCAUUUUCAAAUGUUAUAAGUAUGUGAUUCUUUAGUGUUUCAAGUGUAAAGUCUCCCUUUCACAUUAUCUAGUCCUUUUAAUGUUUGUUAUAUUUUUUUAUCUGUUUAUUUGACUUUUUUUUUUUUUUUUUUUUACUGUAUGCAAUUAUUUUUUUACUGUUUAUUUUAAUUUAUUAUUUAAUAUUUUAUGAGCACACUUAAGUGAAUACUUGAUGGGGAAUGAAGGGACAUAUUGUAUUACAAGACAGUGUACUGAAGGUUUAGAUUCUAGGCUUAAAGUAAAUUGCUAGUAAGUUAACAUAAAGGGCCGUAUCUGGACUCAAAAUGUUGCACCCUGCAGUCUUCCUGUCACUACUAGAAGAAAUGGGUUGCUCAAGGCCUUAAACUAUGACUUCAUAAUACUUUAAAGCGACUCUAAAAUGUAUGCUGUCUUAGGUGAGAUCAUUAUAUACUUAGCAGGGAGUCUUACCACAUUGAAACUAUAUUUAAAUAAAAUAUAAAAGAUGGUUCUACAACAGAUAGUAGUCAAAAUGCCUUUGACUUUUUCUUUUCAGACAUUUGUCAUUGUUACCAACUUUUUUAUACCUGUUUAUGAAUGAAAUAAAGCACAAUG